UUGAAGUUUCAGCCAAGAUCAGUCAGAGAUCAGCAUCAUGUCCACGAUAGAGAACCCUAACGAGAGUCUGGUUAUCCCCAAAUGGUUAAACGAAGACAAGUUCCUGGCACUACUGGCCAAAGAUGUGCCAAAUUUUGGCAGAAUUCUACAGUUUACACCUGUGGCUGCCAUCCCGCCGGGCAGUAAUUUCACCUCCAUUCUGGUGCGCGUUUAUCUGCACUUGGAACUAAAUGAUGGCAGCCUUAAGAGCCAGAGCUAUGUAGUCAAGAGCACCCUCGAAUUUGACAAAGGUGGAAGGCUCGUAGAGGAGUUCCGAUAUUUCCAAAAGGAGCAGCAAAUGUACUCCACUUAUUUGCCCGCCUUUGAGCAGCUCUAUCGCGAGGCUGGACAUGCCAUUCAGCUGGUGCCCAAGUGUUUGGAAAUCGGCGAAAUGGAUGGCUAUUUGUACUUCAUAUUUGAGGAUCUGUCAUCGCAGCAGUUCGUAACUGUGGAUCGCAGCAAGGGCUUGGAUAUGCAACACAUGAGCCUGAGUCUUCGUAAGCUGGCGAAGCUACAUGCCGCCAGUGUGGUCUACGAGAAUCGCCAUGGAUCCUAUCCCAUCGACUUUGAGCAUGGCUUUGCCCAUAAGGAUAACACAGAGCAUAGCAAACGGGGAUUCGAAGCAAAGGUUAAGGAGUACACUGCAGCCAUGCAGACCUGGGGAAUCGAGGAGAGAUAUUUAAAGAAUUUCCCCACUGCCGAGCAGUACAUUGAAAUGUGUUUGGAUUCGCUGAGAACCGAUGGCAAUGACUUUAAUGUACUCACUCAUGGCGAUUUUUGGUCCAGCAAUAUUCUCUUUAAAUACAAUUCGAAUAACGACUUGGACAGCGCUCUCCUCUUGGACUUUCAGCACUGCAAAUGGGGUAGUCCCGCGCAGGAUUUGCUCUUCAUCAUCACCAUUUCAGCAGGCAGGGAAUUGCGUCUCAAGGAAUAUGAGAAUUUUGUGCGAAUCUAUUGGGAACAUCUCAUCGAUUGCUUGGGUAUUCUGAGCUACAAGAAGCCACUGCCCCAACUGAGGGAUCUGCAUGCUGCGCUCUACAAAAAGAACAAUACCUUUUAUGCUUUCUUUGCGUUGAUGAGCCAUCUGUCUGCCGUUUUGCUGCCCAGCGACAGGAAUACCAAUCUGCACACACUCAUGUCCCAGGACGAGGCAGGCAGAAGUCUGCGCACGCGUCUCUAUACGAAUCCCGCAUUUGUGGAGGUCAUCAGCGAGGUGUAUCCCUUCUACUGCAAGCGGGGACUGUUCAACUUUGGCGACUACGAAUGAAUCGACAUUCGUUGCAGUUGCCAUUCUUUCCAUUAAAUAAAUAAAUGCGAAUAUUGAAUCUGGU